UUAGCCUUAUAUAUAGUCCUGCCAAUAGGACCGAGCGUCAGUCGUAGCUUCUCUCUAGCAGUGGUUCUAAGCAGCCCCGUCGGUUUGUCGACACCAUGCGAACAACUGUUAUCCUGUUAUUUAUUGCGGGCUUCGUUGCCUUAUCAGCAUCAAGCGAGGUCUUCAGUGACGAUAAUUCCUCAGAGGAAGCAGACGGGAAGACUGCCGUUGAUUUGUUCCGAGAUGAACUUGAAACACUCUGCAGUGAAUUGGAGUCAACAAGUUCUGAAGAAAAAGAAGAAGAGGCAGAGGAGUACUUUUUUGGUAAGCUGUUCAAGCGUGUAAAAGGUGCUGCUGACGGAAAUAGAAACAGUACGGGCCGUGGGCGAGGAAGAGGUCGAGGUCGCGGCCGUGGCUCUCGGCGUUCUGACGGUGAAGGCGAAGGACGCAACUCCUCAAAAGGUCGCGACUUCUUCAGGAAAGUUUCUUGGAAAAAAGAAGGGAGCCGGCAAUUUCUCAUCGGACUUCGACGGAGCCUCCAAGAAGGAAGAAUUACUGAGAAAGUUUUUGGGGAAAAAGGUGGGCUCUGGAAGUGGCGAUGCAUCCAACGGUAGUGACUUCCUAAAGAAGUACCUCGAGGGCAAAGCUGCCUCCUACGCUGGCCAUGAGGAAGAAGUCGACGAUGACAAGGUUUCUCUGGAAAUAUUCUGUGCCAAAAUUUUCGCGAAGGAUGAAGAGUGAGCGACGGCCGCUGAGAUUUUGACUGUGCAACAAAUAAAGCAUCCUACU